AUGUUUUGCUUCUGUGUUACUGUACUCUCUUUAAAUCAUUCAUCAUCGAAUAACAAUUUAUACAUUUAUGGACCAGAAACAAUAGAGUCAAGAGACCUUUAUUCAGUUGAUUCAAAUUUUCAAAUUGUUCAUUUUUGUUCAGGAGUUGUUACUAUUUCAAGUAAUGUCAUACGAGGGUGGACAUUAUUACAUACUGUAAAUAUAUCAGAAACAGUUAAAUACAUAGAUCCAACAGCAUUUUUAGAGUGCAUUUCUCUCUCAAGUUUCAUUGUUCAUGAAAAUAAUCAAAUAUAUAAAUCAAAUAAGAACAACCUUGUCUCGCUUGAUAAUACAAUAUUGUUUCGCUUUCCUCCAAAAUCGAGACAAAUUUUUAAUAAAGCUUAUGCAAUUGAUGCAAAUAUUAAAAAUAUAUCCGAUUAUGCAUUCGAAAGCGCAGAUUUUGGAAAUGUUAAUUUUGAUGCUCAAUCACAAAUCGAAGUUAUUGGAUCAUUUGCAUUUUGGAAGAGUAAUAUUCAAGAAAUAUAUCUUCCUUCUUCUAUUUCCGUUAUCAAACGAUACGCAUUUUCAUCAACAAAAUAUUUAAAACAAAUUACGUUUACUGAUAGUCAAAAACAUAUUACAAUUGAGGAAUAUGCAUUUUCCGAGUCAUCAAUUCCGAAUUUUAUAUUUCCAUUUUAUUGCCAAGUUUCUGAAUCAGUUUUUUGUUUUUGUACAAGCCUAUCAGAGGUAAUGAUACACUCACCCUACACAAGUAUCGAUUUAAAUACAUUUUCUGGCUGCUUGACAAUUAAUAAGUUUGAUAUUUCCUCUUCCUCACAAAUUAUAGAUGUUAACGGGUUUAUUAUGAACAGUGAACGAACUCUUAUAUAUUAUAUUACACCUUCUGCAACAACUUUAGAUCAAUACUCAGAAGAUGCUUUAUUUUGUGAUACCGCUUUUCGAACGUGCAGUACGAAUGUAAACCUAUCAUUAGCUUAUAAUAAAUGGUAUUCUAUUUUAGAAGGAAUAAUUUAUUUUAAUAAAAGUGCUGUUUCAACUUUUAGUAAUUUACCUGAAAUCGAAAUUGGAAUUGUUGCCAUUAGGAGGAGAUGCUUUUAUGGAUUAAAGAAUAUAAAGAGUAUUACGUUUCUUCGGUCAUUGGACUUAAUUGAAGCCGAUGCAUUUCGAGAUUGUAGUUUCGAUCAAAAUACUCAAAUACAUUUUCCAGAUUCAUUAAGUACCAUUCAAGUUAUAGCUUUUAUAAUGCAAAUUUCAGCACCUCGGGCGUUUUAA